GCAUAUUAGCUGAAACACAAACGAUACCUGGUGGUGUUUUUAUUCUUACUACAAAACAUGGGCUUGAGAAGAAAGACACACCAGUAGUCCAACCGGGAAAAUUAGAUCAUUAUAGUUCCUUGAGUACUGAUGAAGAUGGACACCUUCUUGAUUACGCUUUUUGCAGAAUUAGCAAUGAUAAUAGAGUGCCUCUAAUUCCAAAUAACAUCUACCAAACUCACGUAACUGUUUCCCGUUUCAAGACAUCUAUAAGCAAUGAUCCAAAUAACGAAACUGAUGAAUGGGUAGAGGUUAUAUCUGCAGUUUUUGAUCCUCCAAGAAAAAUUUAUGCUUUAUAUUUAUCUGGCAAUAAUGGAGCAUUUG